UCUCUCCUCCUAAUAUCGAUUUCGAUUUUCUCUACAAUCUGCUCAGGCGACUCUGCCCUGCCCUCUGGUUAGUCUAGAUCAAGCUCACUCUCAACAUGGCGACUCGAGCCUCUUUCGGCCAGCCUGUUGUUCCUGGCGAGGCCGUCGUGUCCAACGAAGCGGUUAUGCCUGGUGCCGUUAGCGCGGCUCCUUCUCACUUCACCAUCUCUAAUUCCUACAUGGCGACCGACAUCCUUUCCAUGUCUUACCCAGCCGGGGACGAUCAGACUCUCUUCGGUUUCAGCCCAGUUUCUCCUUCGCUACCGAGCUGGUCGGCGAAACAUGAUCCGCAGGUUUUCACCAAUCCGGGUCUUGAGCGAGGCCUGAAGAACUCGCAUGUGCGCAACGGUCAACCCACGCCCCCUCCAUAUGACGACAAGAGACUCAAUUCGGUCGACGAAUUCUAUUCCUUGUCUCAUCUCCAGUCGUACGACGGGGCUGCUGUCUAUUCCAACCCAACUCCCCGUGCAAGCUUCAGUCAACCGGCUGCUUCGGACGCGCGUCAACCAGCGCCCAGGCGUCGCAAGACUAAUGGCACACACAACUCGUCUUCCCCCGAUGCCGAUGACAAGCUGAGCGAGAAAGCGAAGCGUGAGAAAUUCCUGGAGCGCAAUCGGGUGGCAGCGAGCAAGUGUCGCCAGAAGAAGAAGAGGCAGACGGAGGAUCUCCGCGAGCACUUCAAGCGUCUCUCCCACCAGAAGGAUAACCUGACCCGUCAAAUUGACGCCCUACGUAGCGAGAUCCUCAUGUUCAAAAACUACUUACUCGAGCAUGCCCAGUGCAAUGAUGAGGCUAUUCAAUUGCACCUCAGCACCAUGGUGAAGAACAUUACCCAGCAGGACUCACUCGGGGCGUCCGCCCUAAAAGCGGACCUGAAUGCUCUGACCCCGUCGAGCUCGAGUAGGGCGACCCGCUCGCAGGACCUCUCCUUUGGCUUUGAUAGCCCCAUUCAGAUUCCCUCAAAGAUGGGCUCCCUAGAACCCACUCCUCGCCGAGACUCAGAGCAGACCCUCGCAAGUGACGCGUCCUUCUCCUUCUCGACUCCCAACAAUGACGGCUUCGAGGAUUUGCUCGAUGUCUAGAACCAUCUGCUAUAUCCAUCAUUCUCUAUACAUUGUUCAACACCAUCUCAGGGCUCAAUGGCGGCUGGUGUCGUCUUAUUCUGUGUUUUAUCCUGAGCCCCUCGAUGGCUGACAUGACUGGCGACUGCAUGACGGCGUUUUUUCUUCUUGCUAACUCCCCCAACAAAAAAGCACAUGGAUUGGGCGGGACUUUGUGAUUGCUGUUCAAGGUAAUAUUCUUGUUAUUCUCGCUCAGGUAGCUGGCGACUGUGGCGAUUUUAUAGUUAGGUAGGCUUGCUGUAUGAUUUCGAAACCAACUUGCGGGAGGGGGCGUUUUUCUUUUUGGGAAGUGGUUGGGCAAAGGAACACGAAUUGCUACGAUGAACGAUGAUACGAGUGUACGCUAGUUGCUGUGUGGGUUCCCGGUAGCUAAUCAUAAUCGAUAUUUAGCUUACUCUGAGAUUCUCUA